UGGGUUAUUAUGUGGUGACACACACUGGGAGGAGGCCCAGUCACAUGCAGCUGCCAGCCCACCCUUCAGGGCAGCAGGACCCUCACUGGUCCAGAGAAAGAUCACCCAUUGCACAGAGCUGAUGGGGAACUGGUUUUGCUGGUUCCAAAACGCAGACACUUAUUGCACAACCUACAAGAUCCUGCACACACAUAUAUAAUCUAUAAUAAUCACACAGCUGAUCCUUGCACACUGGAUAAAUAACACCCACAGCUCCUGUCCUGCUGCUCUCCCAUGAAUUACACACACAGCCGGCUUCCUGUUAUUUUCUGUGACAGCACAGCUGCCCCUCACUGCAAGUCACACUACACCAUGCAACAUUACACUGCAUCCUCCCACUGCUAAACACAGAGUGUAGCUAAAUAAACAGCCUGGCUCCACCUCCCUCUAAGCAAUACAGCACACCCUUAUUCAUGCUAUCUCUGCCACACUCACGCUAUAGUAUUUACUACUGUACAAUCUACCUGUGCACAAGCAGGCUGCACACAAGGAUGUUGGACAGAGGCACUCACCUGUGCUGAACGCAGGCUCUGCACUCCCCUUUGCUGAACUGAUGCUCUGCAAUCACCUGUGCUGACCUUAGCCUCCACGCUCAUCUCACCUGUGCUUCAAGGCUUCACUUAUCUGUUGUCAUGGCUUCCGAAGAGGUUCGCUACUGCUCCAGAUUUCCAUAUCUGUGCUUGAAAUUUACACUCAUCGCAUACAGCACCAUAUUCUGGUUGAUUGGUGCCCUUGUCUUGACUAUCGGUAUAUAUGCUGAAGUGGAGAGGCAGAAAUAUAAGACUCUGCAUGGCGCCUUCCUCGCCCCUGCCAUCAUCCUCAUCCUCCUGGGAGUGGUCAUGUUCGUUGUGUCCUUCAUUGGGGUCCUGGCCUCGCUCCGAGAUAAUCUGUGCCUACUGCAGGUGUUCAUGUACACACUGGGGGUCUGCCUUUUACUGGAGCUCACAGGUGGGAUAAUCGCUCUGAUUUUUAGAAACCAGACCAUGGAUUUCCUGAAUAACAACAUUCGCCGUGGAAUAAAGAAUUAUUAUGAUGAUCUCGACUUUAAAAAUAUCAUGGAUUUUGUGCAGAAACAGUUCAAGUGCUGUGGGGGAGCGGAGUACAUGGACUGGGAAGGGAACGAGUAUCACUCUUGCACGGCCCCCGGGCCUCUGGCGUGCGGCGUUCCCUACACCUGCUGUAUCACCAACAAGACUGCUGUAAUGAACACGUUGUGCGGGUACCAAGCCAUGAAGUAUGAUAGGGUUGCUGCUCAGGAGUUUAUCCAUGUCAGAGGCUGUACAAAUGCAGUGAUUAUAUGGUUCUUGGAUAAUUACACCAUCAUGGCAGGAGCAUUACUGGGAAUCCUUCUCCCACAGUUCCUUGGAGUUCUCCUUUCUCUUCUCUACAUCUCCCGAGUAGAAGAUAUCAUCAGUGAGUGGAAGAGUUCUGCUGAUGUCCUCUUGGAGGGUGAGGCCACCAGGCCCGAGAUAGAAUUCUCUUCUGUGGGCUGCUGUAGGUGUUACCCUGGGGAAGAAUCGGCAGCCUGAGGGCCAUUACAUCAGUGACCCACUAACAACCACUAAACAUUAACUGUGGAGCUUGUCUGGAACAUUUCAUCCGGUUUGGGGUCAUACAGGUCUAGGUUGGCUUUAAGAACAGGUCAUGGAGUUGCAGGCUUAUUGCAUUUCCCAGGAUAUGUCUGUGAAAGACUGGUAACAAUCUGAGAACGGUUUUGUGCCUGGUGACCGUUCCCAGUGGAACGUCACUGUAUUGGUUCUCGUAGACGCUGUCAAAUAAUUUAUCCUUAAGUCAUUGGAACACAGGAUUUAUUUUUUAAACUGAACUUGAAAGCAAAUUCAUCUCAGUUGUGGAGGUAUAGGGUAAAGAAACACUUUGUGAAUAGGCUGAAUCCUCUAAUAUGGUUACAGGGAGACUCUCCCAUGAUUCUGUGGCAUUGUCAGGUUGUACUCUGCAUGAACCACUAUCUGCAAUAGUCUUCUGGCUUUGGAAAAGGAGAUCAUUGAUACUUGAAUACAGGCAAAGCCAGAUCUACUGACUGCAAGCAGAGUGAACUGGCAAAAUGGAGACUUAAUGCAUUGUUAUAACCACUCUCCAAGCCAUGGCUGCAGGACCUGCAUCACCAGUCAAACCUCCUGAGACUGAGCAUGUGUGUAUUUUAUUCACACAACACUUAUUUUAUACCCUGAAUUUCCAACACUCGAUAAUAAGACAUGACUUGUAUGUAUGUAUGUAUGUAUGUAUGUAUGUUAGUCAGUCACCAAGUAGAAUAUAAACCUAAUAUGUAAGAAGCUUUUCCGUUGAUCCUGGAACCACAGACCUAAUCAUGGAUCUUGUUGGAGAAGGAACCUUGUUGCCUCACGUGCAUGGAACAGGUUUACAUAAAGUUGCCAUGGAGACCUCAUCUAUAGCUUUGUGACUAGAUUAACUGGUCUGUACUCAGGUGUAAAGUGCCAAUAACCGUUUUUUAUGAGAACCCUGCCUACACAGGAUUAAGGCGGCCAUUUUGUGGGCUGAUCCAAUAUAUUUAUGCUGUUUAUCACUUCACUAUGAAUUAGUGACAUAACUAGCAUUGUUCCCGGUGUAUUGGUAGGACAGAUUGGUACAGCCCACAGAAAGUCUUUCUUAGCUAUGGCAGGAGUCCUUAUUACACAGAUGAGCUCCUCACUUAUGGCCCACAAAAUGGCUGCCACCACUGUCCAAUGUGUACGUGUUCUUUAAGUAGAGAGGCUGUUCUCUCCAUUUGUGUACAAACUGUGUUGUUUCUCUCUUCUUGUGCCUUUUAGUGUUUACCCACGUUAACCACUUUUGUCUAAGAAUAAACCAAAAACAACAAACUACGGCUUCGCACUGCACCAUGUGACAGGAGUGCUACAGCCCUUCUCCUUCUUGAAUGAAUGGGGUUUUUUCUGUGACCUUGUUUUAAGCUUCAGUGCCACACACAGCCUAGUUGAGAUGGUGUGAGAUACUGCUUAACAAACCCAGCUCUAGUAAUGGAACCGGUGUCUCAAUAUGUAACACAAUACAAUAGGGGUUGGCAACAACCUGAGAUCUGGUGACACUUAUGUAGUUAAAUUCCUGACCGAAUAAUACUGUGUUUUUGGAUACAUUUACUACUGACCAUCUUCUGUUGUAAAUUUAAAACUGCACCAGUCACCUGCAAAUGAAGGGAGCCAUUUUGUUUAUCAAUUCACUAGGAACCAGAAGUACUGUAUGUCGUAGCCAUGAAACUAGAUGCCUAGUGAUUUGAUAAGGGUGCACCAGGGCAGAAACAAAGCGUUUUUGCCCCCUUUACCAGGCCCCGCCCUCAAAACAUGCCAUCAGUAGCACUCGGGGGAGGGGGAAAUCUGGGAGCAGCACCUACUGCAAGGUGCAUGCCCAGGGAAUCAUUCAAAGGCUGCUGCAAGCUAAAUGCAGGUGUCAUGGGGCAGUGACAGUGCCACCCCAUGGGUGUGCGCACUGGGCAACGGCACCGCUAGCACACCCCUAGGUACAGCCCUGGGGUGGACUCUAGGGAUUACAAGUUGAGGCCACAAAAUGUCCGCAUUAACUGUGAGCAGGUGACAGGUGUGCGUUACUAUUGCAUGUUUGACUUUAGAAGGUUAACGAUUUGUAGAAAGGUUUUGUUACUGGAGCUCAGCAAGGGUCAUGUAUUUAAAGCAAUAGAUACCAGAUUUUUUAUGUGCUAAUAAAAAUUUAAGAAAACACUAUAUACUUGUUUGAAGUCGCCCUGGUGUGUGGAGACAGCACCCCUCUGUAAUGAAACAAGAGAACCUCUGCGUGAUUGCACUACAACCUGAGAUACUGGACUAUUACCAAGAACCUCUGCUUCCUAUUGCACCACAUGCUUACCAAAUAGGGAAAAGCAAUAAAGAAUUCCACAGCGGAAGUCUGAUGUUACCUCCAGCAGGAUAUACAGUAAUAGGGCGGUAUUCAAAUGUUAUAUCAUGCCGAAUCUCCUUUCUAAAGUGAUCCCCGUUAUUGCGCAUAUCGCGCCCAUAGUAAUCUGGUUUAGCUGUAUAAAGAGUUGGGGUGCCCUCACUACCCCAGGGGUAGCGAACUGAAAUUAUUAUACCACACCCAUCAGCAGAAACAAAACUGGUGUGGAAGGGGGUGAAAAGAAUUGAAUACCGCCUAUAGGGUGAUACUGCACAUUCCUGGGGAUGGCUUACUGGUCUGUAGUAUAUGGACGGGUGAUGCUGUGGAUGUCCUUUGACAGGGUAUUGCUUCAUUUCACAGCUCACUGUUUUGUGUAUUUGCACUAAACUAGACCAGUGGCUGCAACUGGAAAAAUAUAUUUUGUUUUUGUAAUCUUCGUUGGUUUAAUGAGCUUUAACAUUGAUGAAUAUAUUUUGACUGUUUGGAUUGUGAUUCCUAUUAAUAAAUCUUAAAUAUGGUCUAA